AAUCUUUCUUCGAAAGUCAACAAAAUGGCAGCAACUUAUGACUUGACCCCUAAAUUGAUCCCGUAUUUGGACAGACAUCUUGUCUUUCCGUUGUUGGAAUUUCUUUCUAUGCACAAGAUCUAUCCGGAGAUCGAUUUACUGAAAGCUAAAUAUGAAUUAUUGGCCAAAACUAAUAUGGUUGAUUUUAUUUCAAUGUUGUAUAAAACAAUACAUGAUACUGAAGAAGUUCCAAAUGAAUUUUCGACCAAAAGAGAUGAAGUUCUUCAGACACUUGAAAAUCUUCAAUCAGAGGCUCAAAAGGUUUUAGACAUUAUAGAGAAUCCGGAAGUUAUUUCCGCUCUUCGACAAGAUAAACUUCAGAAUCUUAAUUUUCUAAAAGAAAAGUACGGACUUACAGAUAAAAUGCUUAACACUCUUUAUCAAUUUGGCCAAUUCCAAUAUAACUGUGGUAACUAUGGAGGUGCUUCCGAUAUGUUGUACCAUUUCCGUGUAUUGUCGACAGAUCAUGAAUUAAACGUUUCAGCAUUAUGGGGAAAGCUAGCAUCCGAUAUUUUGGAUUCUAAUUGGGACGGUGCUUUAGAAGAAGUACAAAAGCUAAAGGAAACCAUUGAUCAAAAGAAUUUUACUUCUCCUUUGCAUCAACUGCAACAACGCACUUGGUUUAUUCAUUGGUCGAUAUUUGUUUUCUUCAAUCAUCCAAAAGGACGUGAUAAUAUUAUCGAUGUAUUUUUCACUCCCUCGUAUAUUAAUACUAUCCAAACUGCGUGCCCAUGGAUUCUUCGGUAUCUUACAACAGCCGUCGUAACAAACAAGCGUAAAAAAAGUAUUUUAAAAGAUUUAGUUAAAAUUAUUCAACAGGAAAGUUAUGAAUACAGGGAUCCUAUAACUGAAUUCAUCGAAAGCUUAUAUGUAAAAUUUGAUUUUGAGGGAGCUCAGCAUAAAUUAAAAGAAUGUGAAAAAGUCCUUUCUAAUGACUUUUUCUUAGUUGCCACUUUACCAGAAUUUGUAGAAAAUGCUCGUUAUUUAAUCUCUGAAACUUAUUGUCGGAUACAUUUAAAGAUUGAUAUUAGCGGGUUGUCACAAACUCUUAAUUUGGAUCAAGAGGCAGGUGAAAAAUGGAUUGUUAAUUUGAUUCGAGACACACGUGUCGAUGCAAAGAUUGAUUUUAAAGAGAAUACUGUUAUUAUGAAUCAAAAUCAUACUUCCAUUUAUCAACAAGUUAUUGAACGUACGAGAGGUUUAUCAUUCCGUUCUCAAAUAUUAUCAUCUACUAUUGAAAAACGUGAAGCACAUCAAAGUGCUAGCACUGCAGAAGCUGUGGAAUAAAAUAAUUAUUAUAUAAUUUAUCUUCAAAUUGUAAAUUAAAUUUAUUAAACGAUUUUUUUUUUCGGUAAUAAGAUUCUUAUUGUUAUAUUUAUUCUUAUUGUUAUAUAUAUUUUGACUAAU